AUGUACCAAUGUACUGUUUUCAUAGAAAAACUGAUCGAAAGAUUGACAUACUUUGGAGAGGAUGACAAGACGUUACAUUAUGUAUUUACAAACAAUAUAGACUUACCGCCACCAAAGCUAAAGAGGGCAGCAAUUACUGGAUCACAACCUGUGGACGUGGACGAAUCAAACAGGCUGACAAAAGAACUUGCGGCACUCCAAAAGAAACUGGAGGAAAUCACAGCUCUACAGGAAGAAAAGGCAACUCUGGAGUCAAAAGUGGAGAAGAAAACAAAAGAAAUGGAUCAAUUGUUGAUGGAUAUAUCAGAAACCACUAAUCGUACGCUCAAAUGUACAAUGUAUGUGGUUACGUACAGCACGACAUUCAGGAAGAGACUUUGA